AUGAUAAAUAAGGAAAGCCUUUUCAAAUGGACGUACGACCGCUUCCUGGCCGACGAAAACACCUUUAUGGCCAUGCACCGAGUCGACUUCAACGUGGGCGCCCUUGUACGCGCCGCGUCGCGAGUCACCAACGGAGUGCCUUGCAAAAGUAUUAUUAAGAUUUCAGAGGAUUACUACCUACCACAAGUACUACGAGCUCCAGAUGCGAAAUGGAAAACGAUUAAUCGCCAAGAUGCCCCUGCCGCACGUCAGUAUCCCGCGCCUGACAUGCGCGAACCAGGUCGCUGCGAUGGACUUUUGUUGGAUUGGAACUCCCGCCUAGGCGCCGAGAACCCCGUCGGCUCUGAAUACAUCCUUAUGAAGAAAAUUCCUGGUAUUCGCCUAGAAAGUCUUUGGGAAACCAAUAGAUUUACAAAAGAACACCUUGAAGAACUCGCAAAGCAGAUUGCAUAUAUGGAGAAACGUCUUCUAAAUAUGACUUUCUGUAACAUCGGCGCAAUAUACUACAAGGGUGAUAUUUCCCCUGCUAAACCCUUCGUGUACACCAAUCCGGAAGGAGAAGAAGUCAAUAAUCCAAAGUUCGUGAUCGGACCAGUGACGAGUCGGUCAUGGUUGCUGAAUGGUAGAUGUACAUUAGAAUGUGAUCGGGGCCCUUGGGACAGCCCUAUAGACUUCCUCAAAGCCAUCGUUAACCGAGAGUUGCUAGCAACGGAUACAGCACCGCAGCUUCCCCAGCCUAUGGACUCGCUCCUUGGUCCGGGAUCUUACAGACCUUCCAUUUUGAAGAACCAUCGUGCUGGCAGCAUGUAUCUACAGCUUCUUGAGCACGUUCUGCCGACCCAUCCGGCAAUGUCACAGUAUCGCCUGUGGCACAAUCGUCUCUCUGAAGACUGUAUCCUUGCUCCUCUUUACAAGCAGGACAUACAGCUUCCUUACUUCCACCACUGGGUUCGCAAAGCUGAUGCUGUAUACGGAUAUGAGGAAGAUCCAAGCCUUAGUGAAACCUUAGACAACGAGCCUUAUCGCGGUACAUGCAAGUUACAGAAUCUGUCCAAUGAUAUACUACGCCUGAACCGGAGGCCAGAUGUCCUACAUGCACAAAUGUAUCGGAACUCAACUGCUGGUAAUAUCCUUGAGAUGGGAGAGCACAUUUUUGACGAGCCCUCAGCGGCCUUGGGAGAAAGGGUAGUGCGCUUGCGGAAGCGGUGGAAGAAAGGAUUACCGUACGUAGGGAAGAAGGAUCGAGACGCUGCUUUCCCGGUUAGGCUUACGCACAGGCGUAUCAGGAGUAUCCGCAGGGUCUUGAACGAGUGGAGUCAUGCACGUGACAUUAAAGGUGGCCUGAGUGCACGCAUGAAAGGCCAUAUGCCCUGGUUGGCUCAAUCAGCCAUGGAAAAUAUGGAAGGUCUAAGAAGAUGCUGGCCAAUUAUAAAAAUCUCUUUUUGA